AUGACCUUUAUCGCUUCGGUCAGUCGUGGCGUGCUCGGUGCGCUCGUGGUCAGUGCGCACGCACUGAUUACCGGCAUCGAUUGGGCCGAUUUCUUUCUGAACGGCACCGUGGACAAUGCCCAGUACUGUCGACAGUACAAGUACAAUCCCGUGCUCUUCGUCGUGACCAAGACAUUUUCGCAAAGGAUGUCGACCAUUGCCUUCCUCAUUAUGGCCGUCUCCGUGUAUUUCUCGGGACAGCAGUGGUUGGUGCGCAGCGAAGAGAUUGUGGAGACGACCCGUCGAUUGUUGGCGGACUGCAUCCGGCUGCGCCAUAAUGAAGUCCACAGGGCGUCCCUGCCGAUGGAGGACGAACCGGCGGCCCACCAUCGACCGGCACUGCUCCCUCGCCCCGCCGCCGCCUUCGCGCCCCAACCGUUUCCCCCGCUCCCGCGCCUCCCCUACCACCCCCCACCCGUGCGGCACCACGCCCCCUUCCCCCUGGCGCCCCCGGCACCCCCCUUUGGCGGCCAUCCCGACGUCUACGCGCAGUAUCUCUUCGCGUACCCCUACGGUUCCCUGUACGAUGAGCGGCCGCAGCGUGUGCCUCGGCCCGCUCCGCCGCCGGUGGUCGCUGUUAACCAGAAUCCGGGUCCGGUGCAAAUGGAUGAGGAGACGGUGCCGCGCGGCUGGUCCGUCGAGCGAGUCGUCUGCGGGCCCGCGAAUCCCGUUAAUGCAGCAGCGUCGCAGGCGCCCAUUUCCAGCGCCGCCACCACCGUCAGAGUGACGAAGAGCAAAGUGAAGCGGGAGCGGCGCAAGGCGGAAGCGGUGUCGGCCGCGGCGGCGGGCGUGCAGCGCGAGGACUCCGGCGAACGCCGACUGCGCGAGUUCGGCGAGGAAAUGCGACGCUUCGUGGAAGACACCACCGGCGUCAAGAUUAUUCGUAAUGCAGCAGCGCCGCCGCCGGCCAAACCCGUCAAGAAUCCGGCUCCCAAACUGCGCCGGAUCUUCCCCGCGUACAAAGGCGCCGGGAAGCGGCAGGACACGGAGAAGACGGUCAGCGGGACGCUGGUCAUCAACAGCAAAUCGCCCACGCAGGCCUACGUUCGCGUUCCCGGGCAGGACAAGGGCGACAUCAAUAUCUGCUGCAAGGAGGACCGCAACCGCGCCCUCAACGGCGACGAAGUCCUGGUGGAGAUCUUCCCGCGCAGAGACUGGAAGAUUCGCGGGGAAUAUCUGAACGCGCUGCAGGAGAAGCUGGGCAUCCACGACGUGGAGCUGGGGGAGGCCGUUAAGAAGGAGGACAUCCUGCGGGCCGUCCGCGCCGUCCGCGCCCCCACUUCCGACUACUCGGAGCCCAGUUCGCAGGGCACGGAGCCCGAGGCGACGGCGGCGGCGGCGGCGGAGAAGACGGCCGGGAAGACGAAGAAGAAGGCGGCGUACACAGCGGGCGGGCAGUCGCAAGGGGGUAAAUGGAUGGACAUCGCCGUCCAGCUCAUCGGGCUGCAAAACAUCCCGCCCGAGUGGCUGCAGCGCACCGGCAAGGUGAUUAAUUUAAUUCAGCCGAAGGGCACACGGCAGGCCGUCGGGCGCAUCGUGCGCAGUAAAAAACAGCCGAAAACGCCGUCCGUCCCCUCACCGGAAGCGGGGGACGCCCCCGGCGCGGCGUACGUGCUGGAGCCGUUGGACGCGCGGAUGCCGCUCAUCGACAUUGCCGCCCAGGAUUUCCCCACAGAAUUAUUACUGGAAUGGCAGCGCGCACCGGCCGGACUGUUUUUGGGGGAAAUCAGUCAGUGGAGCGAAUUUCAAGCAUCUCCCACCGGGCGCGUCUUGAAGUCGAUCGGGGAGGCGGCGAGCAUUGCCAGCUGGACGACGCACAUUCUGACGGAAAACAGCGUGGAGGAUGUUGAUUUCGAGCCGGAAUUGUUGGCGGAUUUCGUGGCCAACGCGCCCUGGACCUUCACACCGGAGGAGCUGGCCGCCCGCACCGACCUCCGCGACCACUGCAUCUUCACCAUCGACCCGCCGGACGCCCGCGACCUGGACGACGCCGUGUCGUGCGCCGCCCUGGGCGGCGGCCUCUUCCGCGUCGGCGUCCACAUCGCCGACGUCACCGCCGUCCUCCCCGAGAACUCGGCGCUGGAUUUGUUCGCGCGCCGUCGCGCCACCUCCGUCUACCUGGUCCAUCGCGUCGUGCACAUGCUGCCCAGCCAAUUAAUCAAUCAACUGUGCUCCCUGGAUCCGGGCGCGGAGCGGCGGUGUUUUUCGGCGGUUUUUGUCUUAACCGAGGAGGGCGAGAUGGUGGAGUACGAGCUGCUGCGCGGGAUUAUGCGCAGCCGGGCCAAACUCUCUUAUUUGCAGGCGCAGAAUGUGAUUGACGAGCCGGUGGGCGCGGUGCAGCGCAUGGCCGGCCUCAUCCCGUCGCAUUCCUGGGAAGAAGCGGACACCAUCUGCCGCACCAUCCUGGACGUGGCCCGCAUCACGCAGGCCAUGCGCCGGCGCCGUUUCGCUGCCGGCGCGCUGGCCAUCGAGCAGCCGGAGUUCCGCUUCCGGUUGGACGCGGCGGGGAUGCCGUGCGCGAUGCAGCGGCAGGAGCACUGGACCAGCUGCCAGUUGAUCGAGGAGCUGGCCUUGCUGACCAACAUGGUGGUGGCCAAACGCAUCCAGGACGAUUUCCCGGAGACGGCGCUGCUGCGGCGGCAUCCGGCGCCCUUCACGGCGCCCCUGGAGGAGCUGCAGCGGCACUGCCGGCUGCUGGAGCUGCCCAUGGACGUCAGCAGCGCCGCGGCCAUCCAGCGCUGCCUCUCGUCCAUCACCGCCGCCCAACCGCAACUGCAGCCUGUUCUGUCCUCGCUCUGCGCCCGCGCCAUGAAACUGGCCGAAUACCUCUGCCCCGGCCCCGGAGGCGGUCGCCCGGACGACGAGGGCCAUUGCGAGCCGGCGGACACGUGGCACUACGCGCUGGGCGUGGCGCACUACACCCACAUGACCUCGCCGAUCCGCCGCUACGCCGACAUCCUCGUGCACCGCUUUUUAUCCGCCUCCCUCGGCACCUCGCCCCCGCCGGCCCUCUCCCUCGAAGAACUCAAGGACAUCGCGCGCAACUGCAACGAAAAGAAGCUGAACGCGCGGAAAUGCCAGGAAGGCAGUUGGGAUUUAUUUUUCGGAUUAUUCCUCAAGGAGCACGGCCCCCUGCGGGAGGAGGGCGUGGUCGUGGGGGUCCACGCCGCCGGGCUGGCGGUGGACGUCCUCGUGGGGCGGUUGGCCCUGACGCAGCGCAUUUUUGUCAAAAAAGAGGCCAGUGUCAAGGCGGUGAAGCAUCGCGUGGAUGGGAUGAAGCGGAAUUUGUUGGACGUGGUGUGGCAGGGGCGCGAGGGCGGCCCCGAGGGGCUGGGGGUGUGGAGUCGUGUGGGGGUGCGGCUGUUCGUCAAAGUGGACGAGAAGGAUCCCGAUCCGCGCAAUAUCCUGUUCGCGCUGGAACCGCCGACAUUCUCCAGUCAAUCUGCUCCGUCCCAUUCUUGAGCCCGACAUUUUAAAGAAUUUGUUGGUUUUUUCCAUUUAUUUAUUUUUCUGCCCGCUCAUUUUGUGAACCCGUAUUUCCAAUGAUAAGUCUCUGGUUGUUUUUCUCUGUACAUUUUAGCCUUUCAAUGCAUUAGACAACGCGCUGUGUUCGUUCAUGUCUUUCCGGCAGAAUUGUUUCCGUGCUUGAUUUUUUUGUAACCCGAACGAAGAUGAUUAUUGGAAUUAUUCGCAGUUUACACCUUUCUCUUGCCCGGAUUUUUGGCGGACCAUUUUCCUACGAAAUUAUCCACUCUGCUGUUUUUUUUUUUAAGACGGAUGUAUGAUUUUUGUAUCGUACGGAAUUAAACAUUGAGUCGCG